AUGAGUUGGCACAAAUACUUCAUUAAUGGGUACAAAUUCCACACACAAGCAUGGAGUCAAGUGAUAAAGACAAAGCCCAGAGGUCGUAUAGAGGUUGUUGACAUUGAUGAUGAUACACCCUAUCAAGAUGAAGAGAUGGCUCACGUUGAACAGAUAACUGAAAUUGAAGACAUAACCGGCUUGCACGAUGAAACACAUAGUGAUGAAGAAGUUGAUGUUACAUUAAUUUCUAGCAUGCAAAUUAAUGCUAGUGCAGAUAAUGAUUAUAGGGAAGAUAAUAAUAUCGAUGAUGAAGUUACUAACACCAUAUUAUCCAUAUCUUCAACACCUUCCAAAAGUGAGUUGAAGAAAAUAGCUAGAGCAACUUGUUUUGCAAUUCAAGAUUAA